AGUUUUCUUGAGAAGUGUUUUGUGCAUCGCAUUUCACAACCGUACUCCAAAAAUGUUAAGUGGGGAAAUAAUGAAGGGUGAAAAAGAACCAGACACGGAUUGGGAUGGCUACAAGAGUGAAUAGGAGAGGAGCCCGGCACUCUAACAAGCUCUCCCUUUGUGCUGGGACUGCCGGGGUCAGCAGCACAGACAUACCAGCCUUCCUGUUUUCUGGAAACUGACUGACAGUUAAAAUGGAAAACAUAAAAUGAGAGGGAACAUCCAUUACAAAAUAAUAAGAAGCUUAUGGGUCUUUAGUCAUAGAGAGCUAUUGUUGUGACCCUUUGGAUAUUGGAUUGCAUCUGUUCGAGUGUGGCUGUAUCUCUGUAUCUAUUAGGGGAUGAAUACCGCUUGCAGUGUAAUAACUUUGUGUGCUACAUUUCAAUUUGACCCUAUUGCAUUUUAAUCCUCCGUUGCGUUUCCAUUUUUAUUGAACUGUGUCUUAUGGUUUGCCCUCAGACACUUUCCCCUCCCUCUACCAUGUGAUGGUGUUUACACCCAGAUGCAGCGAGGAGGAAAAGAUUUAGAGGUUGCGUCACCGAGUGUCCAUUGACCAUUAGCCUGCACUCCAGUCACCUGACUGUUUUAAUGGGCUUUGCUCAAACGCCGCACUCUGCAGCAGAGCCUUAAUGUGCUUUUAACCCUUUGUUUUCACUCUGUGAUCCACCUCUACAUCUAUCUUACUUGGUUUUCUGUUGAUUCACGCUCAUUUGCUGAAUGAGUGCAGUGUCUGUAAGUGAGCUCCCUUUUCUGUGUGUGUCAUUAUGCAACUUUGGCCUGUGGCAUGCUGGCCCCAUGACAAAUACAGUUGGAGCGAGUGCCAGAAAACAGCAAUGAGAGAGAGAGAUGAUGCUCGAGUCAACCCCUCUUGUCAUUCCACACUUGCAGAUUAAAAUGCAUCAACCCUUUUUAUCGGUUAGAGUGUAUUUGCAGCAGCUAAUUCCAAAUCGUAUCGCCGAUUAAGUUGCAAACAUGCCUCACCCUAAUCUUAAUUUCAGUAAAAAAAAAACAACAACAACAUUGUACUCUAGCAGAGUUCAAUGUCAACAGGGUGUUUGCCAUGUGAGUCUCUGUGUUAUGAUUACAGAAAGACUCUUACGUAAGACAGUGUUGUUAUGAGCAACUGGUCAGGUGAUGCCUGUGUGUGUGUGUGUGUGUGUCUGUGUGUGUGUGUGUGUGUGUGUGUGUGUGUGUGUGUGUGUGUGUGUGUGUGUGUGUGUGUGUGUUAAGCUUGUUUUGCAUGUGUUUGCUAUACUGUUAAAUCUAUCUGCCAUGUUUGUGAUGAGUUUAACGAGGCCCUAUCUAUAAAGACAGUGUCACCUCGAGGUGGAUUUUUAUGGAUGAAAUUUGGACAAUGAAAACAAGUCAGAGUUCAACAGACACCGUCCUUGGUCCAGAGAAGUUUGAAGGUAUGGCGAACUUCAGCACCUUCCUGUUGGACCAUUCAUCAGGCAUGCUGUUCCUGGGCGCCAGGGAUGCCAUACUGGCUGUGGACACAUACAAGCUGAACCAACAACCCCGAAAGAUUAUUUGGGAUGUGCCCGAGGAGAAGAGGAGGUCUUGUGUGGCAAAGGGGAAGACUGAGGUUGACUGCUACAAUUACAUCCGUCUGCUGGAGUUUCUGGGUGACGAACGCAUCUACGUGUGUGGCACCUAUGCCUUUGACCCGCAGUGUGCCUUCCUGGAACUCUCCUCUUUCACCCUGGAAAGAACAGACGAUGGAGGGGUGAAGAUGGAGACUGGGAAGGGCAAGUGUCCGUUUGAGCCCAGUCAGCACUACACAGCUGUAAUGGCAGGUGGUACCCUAUACACUGCAGCCACCAGUAACUUCCUUGGAACGCUGUUUGACAUCUCCCGGGCAACGGGCCCUGAGCAGGAGCGGAUCCGAACCGAACGCUCCAUCAACUGGCUCAGUGACCCAGAGUUCGUGAGCUCAUCCUUCAUAGAGCAAUCUCAAGACAGCAACCCAUCAGGAGAUGAUGACAAAAUCUACUUCUUCUUCACUGAGGUGGCCAAAGAGUACGACCUCUACACCAAAGUCAAAGUGCCAAGAGUGGCACGAGUCUGCAAGUCUGACGUUGGGGGGAUGAAGACCCUGCAGCGGCGCUGGACCACCUUCCUCAAGGCUGAGCUGGUGUGUGAGGACAGACCCAGCGGCCAGCGCUACAACAUCCUGACCGAUGUUUUCACCACACAGCACACGCCAGGCGACCCCAGCAGCACACACUUCUACGGACUCUUCACUUCCCAAUGGGAGCGUGAAGAAUUAUCCGCAGUGUGUGUUUUCAGUCUGUCUGACAUCAGCAAAGUGAUAGACGGUCCCUUUAAAGAGCUCAAGAAAACCUGCGAGAACUGGAUCAACCCUGAACCCGUCCCCACGCCACGCCCGGGCCAGUGUUUGAACAGCGCCCUGAAGGCUGAGGGGUACGAGUCCUCCCUUAAACUCCCCGACAAGGUGCUGACAUUCGUGAGAGACCACCCACUGAUGGAGAACAGCGUCACCGCAGCGCCCCUUCUGGUCCGCAAGGGAAUCACAUACACCAAACUGGCCGUCACUCAGACGGGCAGUGGAGAGGAGCGGAGAGGAGCAGUGCUGCACCUCGGGACAGACCGUGGGGAGCUCCACAGGGUCGCAGUAGUGGGCCAGAACACCACCUUACUGCAGGAGAUUGCUUUGUUUACAUCACAGGAGCCUGUUAAUAAUAUUCUGCUCCACCAGGGCCGGGCUCUGGUGGGCAGCCCUCUGUCACUGGCUCGUGUCCAGGCUGAAGGCUGCGCUCUGUAUCCCAGCUGUCAGGUGUGUGCCAGAGCCAGAGGACUGGGCUGUGUGUGGAGCACAGUGGAGGAAGCCUGCAGGCCGACAACAGCAGACCCUGGUCCUGGUGAUAUAGUGGACGAAGCCUUGAGGAAAUGUGACAAAGAAGAGGGGCGUUGCACACCGUCCAUCAGGGAGCUUCGAGUGUCUGUUGGUCUGCGUCUCCUGUUGCCAUGUGUCCAGCUGUCUCCCAGGCCCUGCAGCUGGGAGCAUCCUCCCCACAGACACACCAGGCAGCACAACUCGGACCUGGAGGUGACUGUGACUGAAGACAGCCUGGGACGAUACAUCUGCACAUGUCAGGAGGCGGGGCCAGGUAUCAGAGACCCCACCCCCUGCCGCAGAGCAGCCUAUCAGCUGACAAUCGAAAGUCCCAACGCUGGAGGAAACGUGGCAGCAGCAGGAGGCCGCCACGUCCUGGCCGUCUACAUCCUUUUCUUCGUCGGGGGUUUGGUGUUCGGCGUCGCGCUCCUGUACUUCGUGACGCGUCGCCGCAAUUUUGGCCGCCAGGGCAACCACCUGCCGGACAAUUCCCUGUCAUCGGAGAAAGGGCGGGACCUGCUGGGCUCCUCGGCCACGCCGCAGUCUCCGAGCAGCGACAGCCUGAUGUCUGAGGGGUUCAGGUUGACGGAGAAGCGCAACGGCACGGCGACCACGAACACGACCACGACGCUCCUCAGCAGCCACGGCAACGGCGCUCACCAGUGCAACAGCUACAGCGGCACCCUGAUCCAAAGCAACUCCAGCAACGGCCACGGGAAUUCGCUGUACGCCAACUGCAACACGAGCGGCAGCGGGCUUAAGUUCUCUGAAAUAUUGACUGCAGACCUGCUGGAUGGAAGGACAGGGGAGAGGGGGCGGGGGAGGUCAAAAGGGGUGGAGAGGGAUUCAGGGGAGGGGGACGACGUGGAUGAGGGGCUGGGGGACGGGGUCGGCGACGGGAUUAAAGGACUAGAGGAGGAGUUGGCCAGCUUCCCCAUGUUCAAAUCACCAGCCCCACUGGCCAAAUGUGAAGAAAGUUCAAUAUGAAAACGGGGGAUAAAAACGCACUACUGAUCGCACCAUUUUGCAUCCCCAAAAAAGACUGAAUACUGCUGGGAGGAAUGAAGAAUGGCUCCUGCCAAAUGCCUUUUUCACUGGAGCUGAGACAUGGAGAGGUCUCUCUCAAGAUGUAUGUGGAGUAAUAUAUCUUUUAUCUUUAAGCAUGUGAGAGAGAUGUGUGAAAGACAGAACGCCUGUUUCAUUGUUGCGAGUCGCUCGGGAGGAGCCGCAACUUUAAUAAAUGUAAACAUGUAAUUAUUGUGAAAAGAAAAUGUAAAUAUGAGCAGUCUGAACAAGGCUGCGGAACGAAGAGAGAGAGAGUGAUGUCGCACAAUUUAUCUGUGCAAAGAAUCAAAGAUGAAAUGUCUUCAUGUGAUGACAUGUAAAAAAAAAAGAAGAAGAAGCCAUAUUGAUAUUCUCCUUCACCCGGUCGUUGCUCUCUCAUUCUCUUGAGGUGUCUGUCUUUAUUUAUAUUCCCUACCUUGACACGCCACUCAUCUCCCAGACAAUGAUUGGAGCACCAAAGGACUGCUGCACUAUAAAAACUGACCAGGGAGACUUCUGAACUGAAGCUGGAACUAAGGAGGCAGGAGGACACUGCAGGGCCCCUCAGGUGGGCUACAGUGACAAUGUGGGGCUGUCCCCGCCUGCCGCGACUGCUUCUCAGGUAAAAGGACGAGAGGGUCGGAGUCGGAGUCAUGUACGCGUGGAGAGCUUGUGACGCGCAGCAGGAUGCAUGAAAAUGACUGCAGCCCUUAAUCCGCCGAUGCCAACAGGGAGGAAGACGGUUUUCAAAAAGGACCUGGAAAAUCACGUCAGUCUCACAGAAUGGACCUAUAGCCCUAUAGGGACACAAUCCACCAUCACCGUGUUUUAUGAGUGUGGGGUUUUAACAUGAAGAUGUAUUGUUUUUUUUGUUUUUUUGUCAUGUUGUUUUGUAAUAAAGCCUCCAAAAGCUGUUGUUAA